AGCGGAAGUCCGUGAAAGGCCGGAAGCGGAAGUAGAAAGGAGGAGGGGAAAAGAAGCCGGGCCUCUGAGUUGAUUGAGCAGCGGCAGCAGCCGCCAUUUUUCUUCCUUGAGAGCCGCCGUCGUUGUCGUUCGCCAUGCCGAGAGGGAGCAGGAGCAGGACGUCCCGGAUGGCGCCGCCCGCCAGCCGUGCGCCACCAAUGAGGUCUGCUCCGCCAGCAGCUGCGCACGCCCCUGUUCCAGCGCACGCCCCUGCUUCAGCAGUGGCUUCUCCUGCCCCCAGGCAGCCUGGCCUGAUGGCCCAGAUGGCCACCACUGCUGCAGGCGUGGCCGUGGGCUCCGCUGUGGGGCACACUCUCGGGCAUGCCAUGACCGGGGGGUUAGGGGGAGGAAGCUCUGAAGCUGCAAGGCCCGACAUCACUUAUCAGGAGCCUCAGACAGCCCAGCCUGCCACACAGCAGGGUCAGUUCGCACCUUGCCAGUAUGAGAUGAAGCAGUUCCUGGAGUGCGCCCAGAACCAGUCCGACCUGAAGCUGUGCGAGGGGUUCAGCGAGGUGCUGAAGCAGUGCCGGUUUGCAAAUGGUUUAGCCUAACUAAGCUCUGCAGGACGAAGUCCAUCCCCAUUACUGAAAGAUGCAUCGCUAGUAAAAACUUUUUCUCCAACCUCUUAAAAGCUGCCUGAGAGUUUCUUUACUUGUGGCCACUUGCCCAUCUCCCGAGGAAGGAACCCUGGAGUGCUUUUCACCGCAGGAAGGGAUGCUUGUGGGGGCGUCUGUUGUGUGAGGAAAGAUGAGAUGGGCACAGGAUGUUAGGACUGUGAUCAUCAUCUUAACGCUUGUGUGUACCAAUGUGAGCCUCUGAAUAAAAGUUGAUUGCUCCCUAGAAAA